CAAAUAGCUAUCAACUUUUAAACUCCAAAUCCUAUUUGCAUAAAAUGCUCGCUUUAGUUGAACAUGUUAAAUGAGGUAUGUUUAGCUGUAACUAUGCGAAAAGACAUAUGCAACAAAUGUUGUUAUUAAACACAGCCGUACUACGCUCCCAGCAUUCUUAUUUUGACAUUCAAUUGACAACUUGUUUAAUUAUAGUUGUUGAUAUAUAUACAUUUGCAAUUUUUUCAAAAGCCGGUCAUAUAUAAAAUUUAUAACUAAGGACAUGGAUUACGAAUUGGAAUUAAUUGAUUCAUUAUCAGCGCUUGCCUACGAGGGUCCAUGCCUGAAGACAGAAGGUCUUGUAAAAGCUUUGGAAGGUGGACCUCGAGAUGUUGAUUUUCGUGAAUUGGUAGGUUGGUUAACAGAGGAGUUGCAUGUUUUGCGAAAAACCGAUGAGCAUGUAGCUGAACUGCAAGAUCCAAGUGAAUUUGCAAUGGAACUAUCUGCAAUGUUGAAAGAACUGAGCUGCCCAUAUCAGCGUUUUGUGGCUGGUCCAUUAUCUGAAAGAUACCAAUCUCGGGAAGCGUGUGCUCAACUACUUGAUUACCUUGUAACCGAAUUAAUGGCUACAAAAAUGGUGUAUCGGUCAAACCCCGCUCAACAGUCUUAUAUCAUACCGAAGUCGGAAACAAAUACAGCACGUUCUUUGGAACAACUUUCGCGUGACUUGGGCUUAGGAAAGCCCCCAGAGAAUGUAUCGCCAAAAGCCUUCUUUGAUAAACUCAACUUUAAAGUUGAGGAAGUUAAGCGGCAAGCUAAACCUGGUGUAUUAAGUGAGCCUUUACUGCGUUUAGAAAAGCCUCUGACGGAUGGGCAAUGGAAAAAACUUGAUGCAAUAUAUGCCGAUUUAGAUGCGGAAUACAAUAUGCGCAGACAAAUGUUGCUUGCGCGGCUGGAAGUAACGAUACAAAGUUUUCAGUGGUCGGAUAAAAUGAGAUCAAAAGAAAAUGAAAUUGCUAGUCGUUAUGAAAAGAAAAUGCAAGAACUAGAGUCCUUACGAUAUAGCAAAGAAGAUACCACUAUUGUAGCACUAUUAGCUGCACGUGCUGAUUUGGCUAUUAUUGAAAAGACCAGUUCGGCGCAAGUACGCAAAAAUACAGGUUGCAAAAUACAGAAGCAUGUAAUAGGCAGUGUACCAGAUCGGGGUGGACGUGCGCAUGAGCAUGCUCCUCCACCACCAGAAAUGCCCUCGUGGCAGCAACAACGCGCUUCGGGACCAGCUGGUGGCAACAUGCGUGGUGGCAGAGGUGGAACUGGUGGCUUCGGAGGUGGCAGAGGUGGAAGCGGUGGUGGUAGAGGUGGAGGUGGAGCCAGUGGUGGUAGUGGACACUGGCAGCAAUACUCAAACUCGCCACAGACACAACGUCAACCUCCAGCAUUCGACCAACGUCAAACGCCUCAAACAUUAGAUCAAGGUCGGAAUCAAAAUUGGGUAAGUGGUAGCGGUCGCGUGCAAGGUACUGGAUGGUCUCAGCCUGGUAGCAACGGAGGCAAUUUCCAAGGAAACGGCCGUGGUGGCGGUGGCGGUGGUGACAACUCUUACCGGGGGCGCUCAAAUUACAAUCGAGGAGGUGGAGUCCGACGUUAACAUAGAAAAUGUAGAAACUAAAAACCCAAACUCACAAGCGAAUCAUAAUUAUUGAUUACAAUAUCAAUUAUACAUGCAUGCAUAUUUAUUAAAAACAAUAUAUAUGAGUUAAAGCAAUUUAACAUUAG